AAAUUAGGAUUUAAAAUGGCGGCGUCAUCAGGUGAUGCUACGUCUUGUUACGAGUAUGAUCCAACACUUCAAAAUGUGAUCGACCAAAUUAGCUUAAAAUGGAUUUUUGUUGGUGGAAAAGGGGGUGUUGGAAAAACAACAACAAGCUGUUGUUUAGCAGUGCAGCUGGCCAAGGUCAGGGAGACUGUUCUAAUUAUCUCCACAGAUCCAGCACACAAUGUUUCAGAUGCUCUCAGCCAGAAAUUUUCUAAAGUUCCAUCUCUGGUCAAGGGCUUUACAAACCUAUAUGCAAUGGAAAUAGACCCCAAUUUGGGUUUUUCUGAGUUACCUGAUGAAUAUUAUGAACAAGCUGACAUGAUGUCCAUGGGCCGUGGAAUGAUUCAAGAGCUACUUGGCGCUUUUCCAGGCAUUGAUGAAGCCAUGAGUUUUGCUGAGGUGAUGAGAUUGGUAAAAAAUAUGAAUUUUUCUGUGGUGGUAUUUGAUACAGCACCCACAGGCCACACAUUGCGUCUUCUUUCAUUUCCUUCAGUUGUUGAAAAAGGCCUGGGAAAGUUACUCCGGAUAAAAAAUCAAAUAAGUCCAUUUAUCUCACAGAUGGCAGGUAUGAUAGGUGUACAUGACCUAAAUGCUGAUCAAAUGUCCAACAAGUUUGAAGACAUGCUGGCUACGAUUAGACAAGUCAAUGCACAGUUCAAAAAUGCUGAGCAAACAACAUUUGUUUGUGUAUGCAUCGCUGAAUUUUUGUCACUUUAUGAAACGGAAAGGUUAGUUCAAGAACUGACGCAGUUUGGCAUUGACACGCACAAUAUUGUUGUGAAUCAACUCAAUUUCAUCCGUAAAGGGGAUAAGCCAUGUCGUUUGUGUGAAGCUCGACACAAGAUUCAGACUAAAUAUUUAGACCAGAUAAAAGAUCUCUAUGAAGACUUCCAUAUAACAAAAUUACCACUUUUGCCAGAGGAAGUUCGUGGUGUAGAUAAAAUUAAAGAGUUUUCUGCCAAUCUGUUAAAGCCUUAUAAUCCUGAUUGAUUGAAUAAAGCAUUGAAUUAGCA